CGCAAAGUCAGAAAGGGAGUUUAUCCCUUCGUCUGGCAAGACAUGGUCCGUACUAGCAAGGGGGCCUGGCUUAGGAAAUGCCAAGGAUCCAAAUGCCCUGUAAUCCCGUUACUUUAUGCCGUGAUCUUCGUAUUGACUCGAAGCUACCAAGAACUGGCAGCUGGACUAUGAUCGGGAAGCUACAGCUGUCCAAGAACCGGCGAUUGUUCCUUUGUCUCUUAUUAUACUGGACGAAUUCUACACCUUCUCCACGAUCCCCAAGGCCGAGCACAACGAUGAAUUUACCUUCACCUCAACAGCAACAAGCAAUUUUAGACGGAUGUCCAUACUGAUAUAUUUGAAAGGGCUAAAAAUCCAGGCCCGGGGGUCCCGGCCAUGGGCUGCAGAUAGAUCCGGUUACAUUACUACAUGCGCAAGGAGGCUAGAAUCGAGCCUUUGGGGGGCAGAGCCGUUGUCUUAAACAACGUCGUGCUUCAGUUUUUCUUAGCUGCCCCCCUCACAAACACCUGCUCUUCCGUCUCCUCUCUAGCCUCUGCCACCAUUCACUCCUCGGCUUUACGUUCUUUACCGACUUGUUACUGGACCAAGAGUUGGAUUCUUGUCACCACGUAUACCUCUUUGAAGACCGGUGCCUUUCUUUUCUUGCUUGCAGUGCAAGUUCAGGCUAAAAUCACCAACAAAACCACACUUGCGAUAUUAGCGAAAACUUCAAUAGCAGCCGCCACGACUUUACCAACGGUUGUUGCGGCGGCGAGCACAACUGCAGCCCUCGAUCCCAACGUCACCAACUGCUUCCUCGCUCUCCCAACUCAACCUCUCACAGCUGCGGGUCUCUCCACACCAUUCCUCCUCCACGCCCUAUGUUCCCAAACGGUCGCUACACAGCAAGCCUUUGCCGAAGCUGCGAUAUAUGAUCCGGCCACUGGUACCAUCUCCAUAUAUCAUCCUCCUGUCCCUGAUGCCGGCAAGACUGCGGGUGCUCCACCUGUCGUUCCAACUCUUCCAGCUGGAACUGUAGUUGCUUUGUGGUUUCGAUUCAAUCGUUGGAAUUCUUCAGCUUCUCGAUGUCAGCGGCAAGGAAACAAACCAGUCACCCACCCUGAAAGCAGCGGGAUGUAUCGGCGGUCUUCAAGGAGCAAAGGCGAUGUAUUCGGACAAGUGAGCUGGUGCAACGCUGCAUCCUGGUUUUCCGCCGCCAACGCUGGAAUCGCAUCUGGAAAGGCUGUCAUUCCACCUCUGGGGGUCGACAAAUUGGGAAAUCCAUGCCCCACUAGUCGGCCAUUUGAGAUUACGGACGCCUGCCCACCUGACAACGUCCCAACGCAGCACCUCCUUCUUCCCGAUGGCUCUACUGCACAAGAUAACGCUGGGAAUCGGGCCGCUCACCACGAUGCUCAAGUCAUUACCAACGCUUCAGAUGAAGCUCUGCUCACCAACAUCCUCGGCCCUCUCAUUGGCUGCACCCCAUACGUCGCACCAUAG